UGCGAUUCAGUUCGGUUUGCCUCCUGCCUCUUUUAAACACUGUGCGUGGUUACUGUUGUUCGUAAUUUUAUUUAAUAACGUCACGAGAACUUUUCAGUUUGGAAAUUUAUAAAUAGAAAGUUGAACAAGAAAGAAAUCAAAUCAAGCAUGAAUAGCUUGAAAAAGUGCGGAUAUUGCCAACAACCGGCUGACUUGUUGUGCAGUCGUUGCCUUGAGAUGUACUGUUCCGUCGAGUGCCAGAUUCGGGACUGGUCGGAACACAAGAAAAUUUGCUUCCCCAUUCCCAAAUUGCAUCGAAAUGAUAGUUAUUUGGAAGUUUUGUCCGGUGGCGUAGCGCUAUCUCAGAAGAGUUCAGCCACAAUCGCACAAGCAUCGAAUCAUAAUCUGAACAACAAUGCACGUUCUUUGAAACCAUUGCGUAAACCAAACUUCCCGGGACCUGGGGAGGUAUUAUCGGUGGAACAUGCUGCGCCGGUUUUGCUCCCUGAUGAAAAAAAGAAACCAGAAGCUAACUCACCUGAGAAGACCCCCAACAUCACCAUCACGAUGAAUAGCGAAAAGCGGAUGGCGAAAAUGUCGAUCGAUGAUAAUCCGGAAAGGAGCGUGAUUAAUUACCAUAAGCCAGCGGAGUCGGAAGAGGAAAAGCCUCAACCGUUGUCAACGUUGCAGCUGGAAAUAGUCCAGAAUCAUCUCGAAAAUCACAAGAAGAUGAUGGACAAGGCAGGACAGAUAGCUUCGGCUAGCAAGCAGCGUGAAACGUGGAUGCUGCAUUUUCCGCUGGAGAAGACAGACGGGGAGGUAUUCGAGGUUGUCGUCCAGUACGUUGUGCCAGAUCAACCAAACCGAUGCUGGGUCAUUUCGGCUGACCACGAAACCCAGUGCGAUAAGCUGCUGCGUGAUAUCAACGGACAGGUUAAUCCAAACGGAGAACCGGUUAAAUUUGACGUUAUCCAGGUGAAUGAUAUAUGUACGGCUCCGUAUGUGGGCGCCUACUAUCGUGCGGUGAUUUUGGAAAAGAUUGACUCCGCAAAAUCUCUGCUUUCAGUUCGAUUGAUCGACUACGGAAACGAACUGACACUGCCGGCUUCAGACUUGCGUGCCCCGCUCCCGCUGAUGAAGAAUCUUCGUGCUUUUGCGUUCCUGAUUGAAAUUCAAAAUCUGAAUCGGCCUCUCGAGCUAACCGAAGUAAUUCGGAUCAGCAUCGUUCGUACGGAGAGCGAUCGAAAGAUCGUGAAAAUGAAUCUAGCUCCGGUGAGUUUGUUGCAUUGGCUUGGCAAUUACGAAGAAAAUGUCGGAGAGGGUGGAAUCGUAGCCAUUCUUUCCCCUAGGAAAGCAUUAGUGAUGCUUUCUUCUACGCCAGUGAAGCCUAUCAUGAAGUUGUUGUAUACUCAGCUGCCCGAAGCAGCAGUCAAGUUCCCUUUGGCUGAGAAUGCAAAGAUUGGAGAUUUGAUCUGUGUGGAAUUGAGCGAUUCCGGCUGGUCGCGAGCAUUGAUCAUCGAACAACACGAAGAUAACCGGUUGGUAUAUACCGUUGACUAUGGAACGGUGGAGCUGGUUAAAGUACAGGAAGCCCGCACGUUACCGGAGCUAUAUAAGCACAAGCCGUGGCUCGUGCUGUACAUGGAGAUAAAUAAGGUGGUUAUCAACGAGCAGGACUACUUCAAACGGAUAUGCUUCACGCCAACCUUUUCGUUCACGUUCGAGCGGCUGGCGUUCAACAAGGUACAGCGAACGAUGACGUGUACGAUUAAAGACUCUGAAGGGAAGCGUGAGCUAGCGGUAGUAGAGUUUAUGGACUUUACAUGCGAUCUGAAGAAGGUGGGCAUCAACAAUUGGCAGCAUAUUCCGCAAGACAAAAGUAUUGUGAAGAUUUCGUCCGCCUUGGAUGUGAGUAGCAUUGUGAUCUGUCCCAAAGGCAAGCUCAAUGUCUUUACUGAGCUAUUGCAAACGGUGAUGCCGAGCUUGAAACGCUUAACCGCGGUUCCGAAUGUAAAGGACAUAGUCAUUGCUGUGGACGAUCUUAUGAUGCCAUAUCGGGCAAGAGUGCUUUCUAAUGUUUCUGCAACGGAAGUGGAAGUCUUGGAUCUCGAUAAUGGAAUCAUCAAGAAGACUGCUUUACAAAAGCUGUACGAAACCAAUGGGUUCGUGAAUAAUCUACCCGUGUACACGAGAAAAGUGAACAUACUUGAUAUGAACGCAUCCGCGGUCAAAGAUCAUGGCUGCAUUCUUGAUCAACUGGAUGGCUUCAGAUCAGAGAAACGGGAGUUCAGAAUGCUGUUCGAAGGCGGAUCAUACAUUUACGGAGUAAAGCUGAUCGACAUAAGUACAAACCGUUCUCUGGCGACCAUCCUGCUGGAGAACCAUGAUAAAAAACUUCGUGAGGUCGAAGAAGCAGCCAAAAAGAAGCGGGAGCAGGAUGAAGAAGCUGCCACUGCUGCUGCCGAAGCCAGAGCCAAACAACAAGCAGAAGCCGCAAGAGCCGAACAAGAACGGAAAGCUCACGAAGAAGACGAGGAGCGUAAAAAGGCGGAAGCAGUUGCGACACCUUCGGUGUUCACUAUUAAUGAUGUGGAAAUGGUUUCGUUGCCUGUGGGAAAGAGUGGCAUCAAGUUGAGCAUACUGGAUGACGGUGAUCUAGCUCAGGGAGCAGUCACCGUCUGUGAACUGACGGACGAGAACAUUAAGCGAUACAGUACUCUGAUCGAAAAGGUCAACAAGUUAGCUGCCAGAUGUGGCGGCGACGGAUACUGUCCGAAAUUGGACGAACUGUGCCUAGCCGUAUUCGAUGAUGACAAGCUGUGGUACAGAGCGGUCUGUGUUAAACCCAUGCCGGAAAAGAACGUUUUCGUGGUGCAAUUUAUCGAUUAUGGAAACGUGGCCCCGGUGAAGCGCGAAACGAUUCGCAGUCUACCGAAGGAGCUAACUUUUCCCUGUGUGGCACACACUUGCACCGUUAAUAAUCACACUAAUGUAUUGAAAACCAUAGCCAAGCAGCAAGCAACGUUGGGUCACGUGGUGGCCCAGGAGAUUGUAUUUGGAGGAGAAAUCUACUCGUUGACGUUUUAACUAUCUGAUCUUGUUUUAUUCCUUACUGAAAAGGAAGCUUUCAGUUUUUUUUGUUACACUUUCUGACUAAUGUGAUCACGGUACCCAUUUAAUGUAUAUUGACCAAACACUGAAUAAACUUUUUUUUAAUUUUCCAUAUUCCAUUUGGUAUUUCUUAAAAGCUAUAGUUUACUCAUUGAUGCACGUUUUAGUAUACCAUUUGAAGAACUUUUACAAAGAACUUAAUUUUUAUAGAAAAAUUGUUAAACAUAGAUCAAUGGUAAUUUUGAGAACAGGUAGGCCCAUAGGAAACAGUGUUACUCCAAUGUCCAGAAUACUUCAAAUGCAUAAGGUCAUCACGUAAAAAAUGGGGACAAUCAAGCAACAUAGCUUCAAUAGCAAGUCCAAAGGACCUCCAGUAUAAGUCCUGAAUUCCAGAUACCAUCCA